AUGGCGAGCCUGCAGCAGGGCGAGAAACAGCUGUUUGAGAAGUUCUGGAAAGGGACCUUCAAAGCGGUGGCCACUCCACGUCCCGAGAGCAUCAUCGUUGCCAGUAUCACAGCCCGAAAGCCACUGCCAAGGACAGAGCCCCAAAGCAGUCUCUUGGUCCCAGCCCAGGAUGGACCUUCAGAGAAGCUGGGCCAACAUCUGGCCACUGAGACCUUUGGUACCAACAGCUGGGGAAGAGAAAAGACCUGCAAGGAGCUGGGUCCUGCCAGAGCACACAGUGCCUCUCAAGACAGGGACCUGACACCACCACCUUCCUCCAGGGGGAAAAAGAAAAAGAAGAAAUCGACCAGGAAGAAGAGAAGGAGGUCCCCAUCUUACAGCCCAUCGCCAGUCAAGAAGAAGAAGAAGAAAAGCUCCAAGAAGCAUAAGAGACACAGGUCUUUUUCCAAGAAGAGGAGACACAGCUCCUGUAGCCCUAAAAGCAAACGACGGGAAGAGAAGAAGCACAAAAAACAAUCUCGAAGCCGAAAGUCUCACCGCCAUAGACACCACCGCUGCCCCUCGAGGUCUCAGAGCUCGGAACUGCGCUCCUCCAGCUGUGAGAGCAGGCACCGAGGUCGGUCUCCUGAGGAAGGGCGGAAAUCCCGCCGAACACACUCCCGCCACUGCUCUAAGAACCACUGCAAGGUCAGCCCAGAGGCCCGGUCCAGCCACCUGCCCAGCCAGCCCCUCCAGAGGCUUGGCUUCCUGUCAGCCAGGGGUGUAAUCUCUGGGUCGGGGUCUGCGGCUGACCUCUUUAGCAAAUCAGCCAGCCCGCUCACCGCCUCCCGAGGGCGCUCGCAGGAGUACGACUCAGGCAAUGACACGUCCUCGCCGCCCUCCACACAAACCAGCUCAGCCAGGUCCCGGGGCCAGGAGAAGGGGAGCCCCGGUGGGGGUCUGAGCAAGAGUCGGGACCUCAACUGUGGCAACACUUCCGAUUCAGGGAACUCCUUCACCACCUCCUCCCCGCAGAACAAGGGGGCUGUUUUGGAGAACGUCUCUCCUACCUGCAGAAGCAGUGAGUCAAGAGGAUUUCAGUCUCCAUGUCUACAGUGUGCUGAGGUGAAGAAGUCUAGUUUGGUCCCAUCCACAGCCCGGAGCUCCCCCAUCAAAGAGUGCUCCCGUAGCUCCUCCUACACCAGCACUCGAUCCUCCAGUCCCUCUUCCCGGUCCCCAAACCACAGAGCCUCCCCCAGGUACACCCGGAGCCGGUCCACUUCCUCCGAAAAAAGGUCCUACUCUCGCUCUCCCAGCUAUUCCUCCAAGUCUGGCAAGAGGAGCCCGCCUAGCAGAAGCUCUAGGUCUCGUCGUAGUCCCAGCUAUUCCCGCUACAGCCCCACCAGGGACCCCAAGUAUGGUGAGAAGGAAUUGCAGUCCCGAGAGCGUGCACGCAGGAGGCGACGGUCCUACUCACCCAUGAGGAAGCGCCGGAGAGACUCCCCAAGCCACCUGGAGGCUCGAAGGAUAACCAGUGCCCGCAAACGCCCCAUCCCUUACUACCGACCCAGCCCCUCCUCAUCCAGCAGCCUCAGCAGCGCCUCCUCCUGGUACAGCAGCAGCAGCAGCCGCUCCGCCAGCCGCAGUUACUCCCGGAGCCGGAGUCCCAGCCGGAGCCGCAGCAGGAGCCAGACCCGGAGCCGGACGCGGACCAGCCGCAGCUCCAGCUCCCGCAGCCUCAGCGUGGGCUCCCGGAGCCGCAGUCGGAGUCGGAGCCUGAGCUACAGCUCGGCAGAAAGCUAUGCCAGCACGAGGCGCUAA